AUGGUCGCAACACGCGCUCAGCGAGCACAGACCAAGGAUGAGCCCGCCGCUCCCAAGCGCAACGCUCUAGCAGCACCGGCUCGUCGCGGCAAGAAGCCCGAAGGCGACAAACCUGGUUCCACUGCCCAAAAGCCUACACGUGCCGCUGCGACGGCCAAAAGGGCAGCUGCGAAGCCCGCUGCUCCGACCGCCGCGAAACAACCUGCCCCCACCACUCGCCGGACGCGCGCAAAAGAAGCCGAAGCGCCUGCGCCUAAAGUAACCCUCGAGGACCCUGAAUCCGCAGACGAACUCGAGGUCGUGGAGGAGCCUGCAGCACCUGCGCCCGCAAAGGCUACGAGGAAGACCGCCGCCAAAGUUGCGCCGAAGCAAACCGAGACAACAACAACAACAACGACCGCAAGUCGCAAGCGAUCUGCGCGCGAAAUCGAACCCGAACCCGCGCGCCCGGCCAAGAGACAAACGCGUUCGCGCGUCACCGAGGACCCUCAGGAACGCGAACAAGACGAAUCGAUGGAGGCAGAAUCGAAAAAGGCCGUCGCCGCGCCUCGGGCCACUCGCGCGACUCGCGGAACCAAGGCAUCCCAGUCGCGCUCUGCGGCCACCGUCAAGCCUCUGGCGCAGCGCAUCACCGUCACCGCUAAGAAGCCGACGAGGAAGGCGAAGGCCGAGGUGCCCGAGCCCGCUGUUGUCGAGGUCGAGAUGGAAGAUGCUGAUGAAGAAGAAGCGCAGGCUCCGGAGCCGGCGAAGUCGACGAGGAAGUCGUCGAGGAGAGCCGCGAGCGAAGAGCCGCAAGAGCCGGCUUCGGAUGCGCCGGUGGAGCCUACGCCUGCGAAGUCGACAAGGAAAUCUUCCAGGAGAAAGACUUUGGAAGAGGUUCCUGAAGUCUCCGCAGAGGCUUGCGAGACGGAGGACAAGGAGGACCCAGCUCCUGUAACUCCGGUGAAGUCAACAAAGAAAGUAUCGGAGAAGCCUGCGGAGAAGGAGGAGACCGAGGCCGAGAAGCUCGAUGAGGAGUCUGCAGUUGAGGAACAAGAACCCGCCUCCACCCCAGUCAGGACGCCCGAGGCCCCUCAGCAACCAGAGACUCCGGUUAAGCCGACCCCCGCACCGCCGAAGUCGAUCUUGAAGUCCGUUCGUCCCGAGGCAAAGGAAAACGUACCCCCGAAGACCCCAGGUCCCGCGCACUACGCGGCAACUUUCCCGUUCGCUCAGGAAGCCACCCCAUUUUUCAGACCUGAAAUUGCCCCGCAAGCUGCCAGCUUCCAAGCCAGGACCCCGGGCUUCACCAAGUCUCUGCUUCAUGAGACGCCUCGCAAGGCGCCUAUGGCUUCACCCUUCAAGCUUCCUCCUAUGUCAGCCGCGAAGCACGUUGCCGAGGCCAACGCCGGCAGCAUUCUGAAUAGCCCUGCGAAGAGGGCACCGCUUGGCGCUCCGAUGCACGGCAUGACACCCAUGAGGCCGACAGCUGCGAAGCCUGAGAUCAAGGCUUCCCUUCUUCAGACACCUGCGAAGAAGGGCCUGAUGCUUCCUCCCUCCACUGCUCCGGUCAACAAGCAGGGUCCUCAACCUGCUCACGCAAAGUCCUCCCUUCUCCAGACUUGCCCCCGCAAGAUCGCUCUGCCAGGCCUCCCUCCCAAGUCUUCCAUCACAUCUCCCACGAAGGCAGAUGAGGGCGUCAUGGGAUCUUCUCUUCUGUCUGCCACGCCCCGCAAGGUCCGCAUCGAGCCGCCAACUCAGCCUGCCUUCGGAACCAGUGUCCAGGAUUUCGCCAUCCAGGCGCAAAACUCCGCACUGGCGGCCGAGCCUCGCCGCUGGAACACGCCCGCGAGGACUCCCGCCAAGCGCUUCGCUACCCCGGGCAAGACGCCCGCCAAGUCCCUUGUCGACGCCGACGCGGGCAGCCCCACGCCCGUCAAGCGGACCCCGGCCGCCGGCCUGAGGGACGUCAACUCGGCCCUCAAGCUGCUCAACGAGGCGUCGUCGUCGCCCGCCAUGCCGCCCGCCACGCCCACCGAGCAGUUCGUCCAGACCGUCAUCGACAAGAUCGACCAGAGUAUGUCCGAGUCGGAGAGCAGCGAAGCCGCCUACAGCUCGCAGAUCAGCCAGGACAUCGAGGUCGCCCGGUCUGCGGACGACGAGCAGCUGGCGUCCGACGAUUAUCAUCACCACGACGAUAUCGCGGCCGAUUUGGAGCUCGGUCAGCGCACUGCCGAUGCCGGCGAGGUCGAGCCCUGCGUCUCUCCGGCUGACUUGGUCAUGUCGGAUAGCGAGACGCCGCUGGGCAGCCCGCGGGCUGUGCCUGUCGAGGAUGUUGUCAUGGAGGAGCAGGUUGAUGUCUCCAUGCAGGAUUUUGUUGGUCCUGUGCAGGAAGUCGUCGUGGAGGAUGCUGCUACGGGGGCUCUUCAGGAUGUCCCCGAGAUAGUGGAGCCCAUCACUGAGGAGCCAAGUGCCGUCGUGCAUCACGAGGAGUAUGUCGAGGCCACGCCUGCUCGCUCGGAGAUUCAGUUCAUCGAGGACGUGCAUGAGGUCGAGGCUGAGCCUGAGCCUGAGCACCAGCCUGAGAUUGCGCCUGCCGAGGUUGCUCCGGAGGCAGUUCAGAUGGCUGUGGAGCAGGUCGAGAAGGUUUCCGAGCAGCGUGUUGAGGAGUUUGUUGAGAAGCACUUUGAGGAGCACGUCGAGCAACCGAUGGAGCAGUCUGUCGAGCAGCCAAUGGAGCAGCCGACUGAGCAGCCUAUCGAUCAGCUUGUCGAGGAGUACGUCAAGGUGCAGGUCGAGCCACAGGUCGAGCCGCAGGUCGAGUAUGUCGAGGAGUACGUCGAGGAGAAGGUUGAGGAGACCACCAUUGUUGAGCAGACCACGACCGUUCAAGAGGAAAUUGUGGAAGAGAUCCCAGUGGUCAGUACCCCGCAAGUCCCUGAAAGGCCUUCGACUCCCACAAUGGAAGAGCAGCACGCCGCUGCGCUUGCUAAGGAGAAGGCCAAGACUGAACGCCGCGAUCGUCGCAAGCGACUUUCCAUGGCUAUCGAGCUGGAGAGCUCUGUCAGGAAGCCAAGGAAGAGCCUGGCUUUCAUCCCUUCGCUCACUCCCGCCAAGUCUGCUCUCCGUUCGCCUUUCAAGAAGCCCUUCGGAUCUCCCAAGAAGUCUGUCGCCUGGGCGACUGAACCUACUCAGGCUCGGAUCAUCGAGGAGCCUCAACAGCCGCAGACACCCAAGGUUGUUCACCACACGGCUGAUACCGACGUGAACAUCCCUCGUCCGGACGACGGUCUGCUGAACGGAACUGUUUUCUUUGUCGAUGUUCGCACCGUUGACGGUGAGGACGCCGGUGAUCUGUUCAUCCCUCUUCUUGAGGAGAUGGGCGCCAAAAUCGUCAAUGACUGGAACAGCAACAUCUCCCAUGUGCUGUUCAAAGACGGUGAUUCGGAGACUCUCGAGAAGGUCUUCGCUACCAACGGCGCCGUCAAGGCCGUCAACAUCGGCUGGGUCCUCGACUGCGAACGCUUCAACAAGUGGGUCGCCGAAGACGAGUACCUGAUCGAAGUCUCCCGCCUCCUGGACGGCAGUCCUGCCCGCAACCUCUUCGCCCCCAGCGUCGCCAACACGCCCGCUCGCGCCACUCCGGCCAAGUCCGCCUUCGGCACGCCCUUCGCCCUCAUGAGCCUCACCCCCAAGGGCAAGCCUACCCUCAGCCCCUUCGCCGACAUCACCACUCCCAAGCCUUCUACGCCCAUCGCCGACGCCGAGGACAAGGAGAACACGCCGCCGACGCAGCUCUUCAAGACGCCGACCAAGCCUUCGACUCCUGCCGUCACCGUCGCUGGCGCUGCUGGCGAGUUCUCCCCGUCCACGCCCUACUACCUCCACCCGGAGAACAUCAUCCAGAAGACGUGCCCGCCGAAGCAGAUCAACAAGGGCCUGUUCGAUCGCGAUGAGAGGCAGGCUACGGCCGUCACGCCCUUCAGGCAGAAGAUGUUGCUCGCCAGGAGGAGUUUGAGCCCGGCGGCUUUUGGGAGGGCGCAGGGUUUCUGA